GUAAAAAUGUACCUUCUCCAUGUCUCUUUUGCCUUUUUAAAUCAUUCACUUCAAGUUUUUAAUUUUCCAGGGUCCAGAGCAACAAAUCCCACCUUGAAUCCCCGGUCAUUCCUUCUCAGGAAUUCCAAUGAUGUAUUUGAACAAUUCCCUAUGGAGGAUGAAGAGGACAGAAAUGCAAGCACAUUGACGGAAAGAAGAAGCCUCUCCUUCAACACUAGCAGACCUCUCCAGAAGCCACCCCCGGUGUUCAUCUCGGAAGAUGCUUCCGGCUACCUGACCAGCUCCUGGCUGACCGUCUUUGUCCCCUCUGUCUACACCGGCGUGGUCCUUAUCAGCCUCCCCCUGAACCUCUUGGCCAUUGCUGUGUUCAUCCUAAAGAUGAAGGUCAAAAAGCCAGCCGUCGUGUACAUGCUGCACCUGGCCAUGGCUGAUGUGCUCUUUGUGUCCGUGCUGCCCUUUAAGAUCAGCUAUUACUUUUCCGGCAGCGACUGGAAGUUCGGCUCUGAGAUGUGUCGGUUUGUCACCGCGGCCUUCUACUGUAACAUGUAUGCUUCCAUCAUGCUCAUGACGGCCAUCAGUGUGGACCGCUUCCUGGCUGUGGUGUACCCCAUCCAGGCCUUGUCCUGGCGCACCAUGGGGAGGGCCUCCUUCACCAGUCUGGCCAUCUGGGCCAUGGCCAUCAUCGGGGUGCUGCCGCUCCUCCUCCGGGAGCAAACUGCCCAGGUCCCAGGGCUCAACAUCACCACCUGCCAUGAUGUGCUCAACGAAACGCUGCUUGAGGGAUUUUACGCCUAUUACUUCUCGGCCUUCUCAGCUAUCUUCUUUUUCGUGCCUCUGGUCAUUUCCACCAUUUGCUACGUGUCUAUCAUCCGAUGUCUCAGCUCUUCCACUGUUGCCAGCCAGCACAACAAGUCUCGGGCUGUGUUCUUGUCGGUAACUGUCUUCUGCAUCUUCCUCAUCUGCUUUGGGCCCACGAAUGUCCUCCUGAUCACACAUUACCUGUUCCUGUCCCACAGUCCUGCCACCGAGGCCGCCUACUUUGCUUACCUCAUCUGCGUCUGCAUCAGCAGCAUGAGCUGCUGCAUCGACCCCUUGAUCUACUAUUACGCCUCCUCUGAGUGCCAGCGGCACCUCUAUAGUAUCUUGUGUUGCAAGGAAAACGUGGAUCCCAACAGUUACAACAGCAGCGGUCAGUUGAUGGCAAGUAAAAUGGAUACCAGCUCUACUAACAUGAAUAAUAGUAUCUACAAAAAGCUGUUAACUUAGAAAAAGUGACUGCUGGUCUGUUAAAAAGAAAGGUUAAAAAAGUGAAAAGCCCAGGGAUUCUGUUCAUCUCUGGCAAAACUACUUCAUCAUCUAAAAUAACAAAUGUAUGAUUUGCAUGCCGACUUCUUAGGAGAGCAUAAAUACUGAUUAAUUACCAGAAAAAGUAAUAGGAAUGGAAAAAAGUAGUAUUCCAGGUAAUACUGCCAGUGCUACAAUAUCUGAAUGUCACUUUUUAUAUAUAGAUAGAGGUGACAUAUAUAUUAUCUAUGAGUAUGCACACAUGUGUGUUAUCUGCAGCACAGUAUGGAUUAGGCACUUUGAAACCCUCUCUUUUUUAACCUGGGAAUUAUAGGAAAAACAUCUCUGAUUCUCUGACUUUAUAUGCAAAGUCGAGGUUGGUGAAGUUUAGCCCUGAACAUCUGAAGACGUCCAACCGCAGUGACAGAUUCCAUGACUUACACAUGAAUGGCGCACACACACAUAUGUCACUUAUUUUGCAAGUAAGUGUAUUUUGAAAUUGUUUCAUGGCAGUUUUUAACUAAUAGAAGGGUGAGACUUGGUAGUAUCUGUCUGUAGAAAAAGUUCUAGUGUUUUUCAUUUUAAACGUAUCAAAGUUUCAGUUUUGAAAGUUGUCAAAACAGAUAAAAAAGGCCAUUUGCUAUGGUCAGCAGCGUGCAUGUAUACAUGAGCUGAGACUGAGCAGGAUCCCACUAGUGACCACAGACUGCCUGUCAGAGCAAACUACGUCGAGAGCUGGACAUGAGGAGUCCAGACAGCGGAUCCAUGGUGGUAGAAGCUGUCCCACUGAGCCUCCUGGGAACCAGCAAGACCGGGCUGCCAAGCUGACACCAUCAUCUGGGUUCCCUGCAAUGGCUUUCUGUGACCUGAGCAUGUCUUUUAGAAACUGGCAAAGCAGGACGUGACUGACACCUGGGUGGCAACAGCCAUAAGAGACUGCUCUGCCCAUCUUGGAAACAGAGAGGAAGGCAUAUUCCUGUCUUACAGGUGUCCCCAGUGGGUGCAGGGCCUGCAGAGUGGAGUGGGACUGAACCCUGCUCUCAGCAGAGCAGAGGGCACAGUACAGGGAUAGUGAUGUAUUGUACCAUGCACAAAGCAGUGUUACAAGCCAGAUGUCACCCAGAGUCACACAAAGAUCUGUGUCACAAGCAAGAUCGGUCCAAAAAAGAGCUUUGAACACUUGCUUCCAAUGGUUAUAACUUAAGAUGAAAAUACAACUCAUUUUUGAUACUCAUUUUUUAAAAAUGAUACUCAUUUUUAAAAGAUAAAUCCUUCAGUCUGCAUCAACUGGACAGUAUUUAUUUAUAAAUGUUUUGUUCAAUAAGUUACUCAAGUUUUCUUUUAAGGCUCAUUUAUGUCAAACUGGUUAGAAAUAACAGGAAAAUGGAUUUGUCAUUGAAAUCUAAGAAAUUAUUCUAUAUUUUUCACUUUCCUUUUAAGUUAAUGAAGUGCUUUUUAAAGCAUUUUUUAACCCUGUGAUAAGUAUCAAGCAUAGAAAAUCUUCAUAGGUUUGGCAAAGUAAUUUGAAAAUUAGGUUGAAAUCUUUUUUUCCUGAUUAAAAAGUGAUGGUAUUUUAAACAACCAAAAAAAAAAAAAAAACUGGAAAAAAGGGGGAAAGUUGCAAGGCAAAUGUUUAUCUAUUUAAAAGAGCAAAGUAUUUCCAAAUAGAAUAAUUUACCUAAGAGUAAUAUAACUAUAAGUAGAAGCUAGCACUGAUGUUAUUAACUGUUACUAUAUUCAUAUUAUCUAAAUCAGAAAUUUACUGUCACUGUAUAUUUAGUCUGUAUAUAUGAAAAUACCUAUCAUCACAGUACUUACAAAAUACGAUUUCAGUUUUUAUAU